AUGGGUGACCAAGUUGUCGAGGAGGCAUUGGCGUUGGACGUCGACAACGACGAGGAAUUCUUCCAAGACAUUGACAUGCUUCAAAACCAUGGCAUCAACGUCGCCGACAUCAAAAAGCUCAAGACGGCCGGCAUAUGCACCGUAAGAGGGGUACAGAUGACUACACGAAAGAAGCUCUGCGCCAUCAAGGGCAUCUCGGAGGCCAAAGUGGAUAAGAUCAAAGAAGUCGUGGCCAAAAUUGCCGACGGUGGCGGCUUCCUGACCGCGCUCGAAGUGUGCGAGAAACGACGCCACGUCUUCCGCGUCUCGACCGGCAGCAAGGAACUGGACAAGCUGAUGGGUGGCGGCGUCGAGAGCAUGGCCAUCACCGAGGUGUUCGGUGAGUUCCGCACGGGCAAGACACAGCUAUCGCACACGCUCUGCGUCACCUGCCAGCUGCCCGGAGAAAACGGCUACAGCGGCGGGAAAGCCAUGUUCAUCGACACCGAGAACACGUUCCGACCCGAUCGACUCCGCGACAUUGCGGACCGCUUUAACCUCGACCACGCGGCCAUGCUCGAAAAUAUUCUGUACGCAAGAGCCUUUACGAGCGAACACCAGAUGGAGAUGCUCGAUCAAGUGGCAGCCAAGUUCCACGAGGAAGCCGGGGUUUACCGGCUCCUCAUAGUCGACUCCAUCAUGGCGCUGUUUCGCGUCGACUUUAGCGGCAGAGGAGAGCUUGCCGACCGGCAGCAGAAGCUCGCUCAAAUGCUGUCCAAGCUGCAGAAGAUCUCGGAGGAAUACAACGUGGCAGUGUUCAUCACCAACCAGAUGACGGCCGAUCCGGGCGCUGCCAUGAGCUUCCAGGCUGAUCCCAAGAAGCCGAUCGGCGGACACAUUCUGGCCCAUGCGUCCACGACGCGAAUCGCCCUGCGCAAGGGACGGGCCGAAGUGCGCAUUGCCAAAAUCUAUGACAGUCCGGACCAGCCGGAAAAUGAAGCCACUUUUGCCAUCACUGCCGGAGGAGUGGCAGACGCCGCCGAAUGA